GACCCGGCCAUCAAGGAGGCGCAGCAGGCAGAGCAAGUGGCUGAAGCACUGGCUCUUGAAGCACAACGUACCUGGAGCCAGGCCCAGAAGGCCACGCAGGCCUUGCGGAAGGACAGAGGCUUUGGAGCCAUCACCGGGAGACCGCAGCCCAACGAUGGCCGGUGCUUCAACUGCGGAGGACCCCACCUACAACGUGACUGCCCGGAUCUACGACAUCGACAUGGCUUAAAGGGCAAGGGCAAGAUGAAAGGCUUUUGGAACGAAGCGGACGACUACUACGCCAACUUCAGCGGCUUCGGCAAGUCCAAGUCCAAGGGGAAGAGCAAGAAGGGACAUUGGAUGGAUGUCCAAGGACUAUGGAAGGGCAAGGGAAAGGGACCCAAGGGAAAAACCAAGGAUGGCUACCGCACCGUGAAUGCCUACUCCUCAGAGAUGUUCCUGGGUGGUUUGGAAGUUAUUCAUUCCCUGGACCUUGCCGCCUCUUCCACAGCAACGACCUCUUCCAACGCGCCGCAGCUUGGAAUGCUAGACUGCGGUGCUACAGCAUCCGCAGCACCAGAAGCUGUGGUCAAAGGCCUCAUCAGCUCAGUGCUUUCCAUCGACCGUGGAGCUCGCAUCGACAUCGAUCAAUACUCGCAGCCCUUCUUCCGGUUUGGUAAUGGUAAGUGGGGAAAGGCCUUGUGCAGAGUACUUAUCAGCAGUUCUUCUUCUGGUCGUGAGAGACAGUUUGCACUGUACACGUUGCCGAAUCCAGCUGAGUACUUUCAGAACAAGCUCGAUAAAGCCUCCUUGGUACCCGUCUUGAUCGGUAUGGACUUCUUGGGACCCCAAGGCCAAGGCAUGAUGAUCGACUUCAACACAGGCACCGUGUACUUUGACAUGUCAGCCAGUGACCAUGUGAUGCCGACUCUGACUGCCGUGUCCUCUGAUGUCAUGUCUGAGUCAGUUCAGAACAUGUACUGGACCCAGUCCUACGACAACCCCCGCAACAUCUCCUUCUCGAUCCCCUCACGGACAUGUCGACCCCCGGAGAUGGAAGAGGAAGCUCCUCUACCACUGAAGAACAUCACCUACCAUGAGCUGGGCCCUGCCUCAGAAGUUGAGAUUCGAGACAUUCAUGAUGAACUACCCAACAGCCUCGGGACAGCCACAGCUACUAUGCCAUCUUCCGCGGAGCAUUAUGCUCAAGCAGCCCUGAAUGAGAACGACUUCCAGUUCACGACCCUGGAGCGGCUGCUCAUGAUGUUGAGACCCAGAAGUCUCAUGAAUUCGAGUGUGCAUCACCGUGGCACACAACCGGGAGUCAACAGCUUAUUGUUUGGUGCCUUCUCCCACGGCAACUUCCGAGGGAUCACCCGACGGACGAUGCAGUCGCCCUCAUGCGUACUCUAUAUCAACAAGUUCCUCCAGCACCACAUUCCGGAUGGAACUUGGUCGAGCUUCGUCAUUAACUUCGAUUGUCAGACCCGGCUGCACUGCGACCACCACAAUGCUCGGGGAUCCUACAACCACCUCGUGGGAAUGGGAGCCUACAGUGGCGGAGGACUCUGGCUACAAGGACAACCACCAGAUGGAUAUGUGGCGGUUAAGCGCAAGUCGGAGCAAGGCUACAUGAUGACUGGCUACGUCAUGCCAACCAAGCACAGAGUGGUGACCUUCGAUCCGUUCACUCUUCAUGCAACGCAGUCCUGGACCGGACUCAGGCUCAGCAUUUCGGCCUACACCACCAGACUGGCCGAUGGACUGACCAUAG